AUGGAUAAAAUCAAUCAUGAAUGGGCUAAGGAGAUCCCAUGUAGAAACGUUAUAAUUUAUGGAUAUUGUAAAAAACAAAAAGAUGGGUGUCCAUUUAAACAUGAGGAUGAAAAUAAUGUUAACAACGUCAAUAUCAGCACUCCUAUAAUAAACCCUGUCACAAUAAAACCACCACAUUCAAAUGUCAAUAAACACACUAAUAAUGACUAUGAAAUGAACCCUUUUAAUAACACAAAUAGUGCCAAUAUUAGCUAUAUGAAAGAAUCCACUCCAAAUAUACCAUCUGCUAAGAUUAUUGGUCCUGCAGAAGGCAUCUCUUUAUCUGAUCUACCUUCUUUGACAAAAUUGAAUAACCCAGCCAAUGAUAAUAAAAAAAAAUCCACUACAUCAUCACCUUCUUUCACCAGAUUUAAUGCAAAAUUUGCUGCAAGUUUUACCCCAAUGUCAUUUGGUAAUGAUAACUUGGAUUCAUAUAAUAACAAUAUCCCUCUGGCUAAUAACUUCUCCAGUUUAUCAAUCGAUAAGUAUAACCAUACAAAACCUAAUACACCUGUAUCCUUUAACAACAAUAACAAUAUCAAUAUCAAUAUCAAUAACAAUAAUGACAGCAACAACAACAGCGGUAGCAAUAACAAUAGUAAUAAUAAUAUCAAUCCCAUAUCUAAUCUUUCUACUAAUGUCAAUCCUGAUACAAUAGAUAGCUUCAAUCAGAUGGGGUUAUCCUCUUCUCCUGUAUUUAACCUUCCGUCACUCACACAAACAUCUCAAAACCUGCAAUCACAACAAUUAGGUAAUUUUGUAAUGCCGUCAUUAUCGUUUCCGCAUAUGUCAACUACAAAUAUAAUGACAGCAACAAAUAUCGAUAACAGAGAUAAUAUGGUACCAAUUAACGAGAAUAACACUAAUCGAAUAGGUUCACUAAUGACUAAUACUUUGACAACCACAACAAUUGACAACUCUAUGGCUACUCAAGGACUUCCAUUAAGAUUGAAUUACCCAACAAUUUAUCCACCACCACAUAGCAUCUUACAAUACCAUUUGUAUUUCCCAGAUACACCGCAAGAGUUGAAGGUCUCAUUGAAACCAAAUGAAAGGACACCGGAUGACUUAUUUAUUCCAAAUGAUUUAAGAGAACAGUUGGUUAAAAAAAAUUUGGCGUCUCUACAAAUUUUCCCACCUGGUGGUCCAUUACCAGAUUUGGUUCAAGAUUAUUUUGGUCUUGUACCACUAGAUUUUCAUGAAAAGAAAACUGACAUUGACAGGUAUAAAGGUCACAAAAACUCUCUCUAUAAAGUAUUUUCAAAUAUUGACGGUAGAAAUUACGUAAUGAGAAGAAUUCAUGAUAUUUCAUCAAAUUUAAUAGAUCCACAUCAUUUAGUAAAGGUUUUCCAAAUGUGGAAAAAAUUGCAUAAUGUUAAUAUCGUUUCAAUUAAAGAUGUCUUUAUUACUACAAAAUUUAAUGACUCAUCUCUAUGUUUGAUUUAUGAUUAUUAUCCAAAGGCCAUCUCUCUUUAUGAAGCACAUUUUAUAAAUUUCCCACUUUUGCCAAUUACUCAAGAAUAUCUUUGGACAUAUUUGAUCCAGUUAAGUAAUGGUAUUAAUGCUGCGCAUAAAUUAGACUUGAUCUUGGGGAAUCUGUUGAAUUGGGAAAAGAUUAUUGUAACAAACAACCCUGCGAUAAUAAAAAUUUCCAGUAUAGCUGCAAAUGAUUUAUUAUCGAAUAAUUCAAAUAAAACACCUCUUGAAUUGCAAGAAUUGAAACAAAAGGAUUAUCUAAAAUUAGGCAAAUUAUUGAUUCAACUAGCAUCCAAUAUAAAAUCAUCUACUAAUAGUGGAAAUGGAAAUAGUAAUAAUAAUAAUAAUAACUCCGGUUCAUUAUCAGUGGAAAAUAAAAUAAGCAAGAUCCAUAAAGAUGAUUUAGAGAUUGAUCAAUUACAAGUCGAAAGUUCGUUUAAAGAUGUUUUGAAAUAUUUAAUUGAUGAAAAUAAUAAAGAUAAAAAUAUCAAGGAUUUAACAGUUCUUUUCAUCGAUCAGUUAUAUUCAAAUUUUAAUGCAUUGAAAAAAUAUGAUGAAUUUUUAAAUAAGAAUUUAGCGACAGAAUUAGAAAAUGCAAGACUAUUCAGAUUAAUUUGCAAAUUGAAUUUCAUUUUUGGCAGAAUUGAAUCGAGAAUUGAUAUUAAUUGGUCUGAAUCAGGUGAAAAGUUCCCUAUUAUAUUAUUUUAUGAUUUUGUUUUUCAUCAAGUUGAUGAAACAGGUAAACCUGUGAUGGAUUUGACUCAUGUUUUACGAUGUUUAAAUAAAUUAGAUGCUGGAGCUUCGGAAAAAUUAGUCUUAGUAACACCAGAUGAAAUGAAUUGUAUUAUUAUCAGUUACAAAGAGUUAAAGGAUUUAAUUGAAUCCACAUUUAGAUCGCUCACACAGACCUCAUAG